UCCUCCUCUUCAGCCAGUCCCAACAGCCCCGAAUCUGGUUGUCGCCGAUCGGAUCACGUGGUCUGGGGAAGGGAAGGCGUGGAUGCCUUGAUCUUAUCAGGCAGGCAGAGGCUGGCAAUCCAUCCGGGGAAAGGAUGAAACCGAACCCGACCGACAGCACGACGACUCCAGAAUGCCCUCGCCCCUCGACUCGGCCCAAUCCUCUUCUUCCUCGUCCUCGUCGCUGGGAUAUGGCGAGGAUGCAGCGAGAGCAACAGCAGCAGCCACAGCAGCAGCAACAGCAGCAGCAGCAGCAGCAGCAGCAGAGGCGAAGCAGAAGCGCCAAUGGAAAUUUUUCGGCAAGGUCAAAUCGAUCUGGAAGGGGCUGGGGAUCGAUAGGCCGACUUUUCUGCUCAUGAUGAAGGGUGCGCUUGCGCCGACGAUUUGCGUGGCUAUUUACCAGUCGGAUGCGAUUUCCUCGCAGUUCAACACGGUCGGGUAUCUCGUCUCGGUGAUUUCCGUGCUGGGGUUCUCCAUCAUGCCGCGAGCCAAGUUCAUCCAGAUGAUGGUCCUCGAUAUCCUGGCCGUCUGCGUCGCCACGGCCGUGGCUCUGCUCAUGAUGUACUCGUGUGUCAAGGCCCGACAGCACACCGAGUCGGCCGCCGAUGCUGCCAGUGGGGGUGCGUCGUCGGCCCCCUACAAUGCGUCCGCUACGGCUGUCAGUGCUGUCUGGCUGUUCUUCCAGAUCUACGUCGUGCACACCUUCCGGGCCAAGUUUCAGCAGUUCCAGUUUCCCGUCAUUAUCUACUCGAUCGUGGCCAAUGUCAUCUUCACCUAUGCUUCCCGGCUGGCGAACAUGACCGCCGCCAUUACGCUGGCUUUGAAAUUGCUCGAGGCCAGUUUGACGGGCCUGGCCAUCGCCACGGGUGUCUCGUUGUUUAUCCUUCCCAUGAGCACCAGGGGGGUCGUCUUUAACCAGAUGGCGGCCUACAUUGAGAGCCUCCGGGCUGCCCUCAAUGCCCACACGGCAUACUUCGAGACGCUGGAAAAGGAUGACAUGUUCGGUCGGGCAGAGACGUACGAUUCGACGGUGGAGAAAGUGACCGACAAGGGCAAGGUGUAUAGUCCCGAAGCACAGGCGAUCCGGACGGCCUGUCAGAAGGUCACGGAGCUUCAUGCCAAAAUCCACGGAGACCUGACCUUUGCGAAGCGCGAGUUUGCCAUCGGAAAGCUGGGACCGGACGACAUCCAGGGGACUUUCAGAUACCUGCGCCAGAUUAUGAUCCCCGUCGUCGGCCUCAGCUUCAUCGUGGAUAUCUUCCAGCGCCUCUCGGACUACAACAAGUGGAAUCAGCCCAUCGAAGCCAAUGGCGCGGCAAUCCCCGACACGGUCCGCCAGCGGGUCAGAGAGGAAUGGAACGAGAUCAUGAGGGCGGUGCAUGAUCCGUUUAGCUCCAUGAUCCACACGAUUGAUGAGGGCCUUCGGCAUGUGUCGCUCGCCCUUGAACUGACACGACCGGCCAAAAAGUCCGACGACUCGGACGUGGAGGCAACCGCUAACCCCAAGCCCGGGGAGAAGGGCUUCCCUGCGUACUAUGCGAGGAAGAUCCGUGACUUCAAGUAUGCGAAGCGGAUCGCCCUGCGGUCGUGGAGUGAGGAAAAGGGCAUCACCUUGCCGCCUGACUUCUUUGAACAUCCCUCAUCCGUCCAUCUGGAUGUGGAUGAUAUCCCUGCCGAUAGCUUCGGAGUUGGUCGAGACCGCAGCAGGCGACAGCUGUAUAUGAUUCUCUACGUGGAACAACUUCUCGAAUCCACAGGCCAUGUCGUCCACGAUUUCAUCCAAUUCGCAGACGAAAAGAUUGCCAGUGGGAAGCUGGCACGGAAUCGUCUCAUCAUCCCGGGCUCGAAGCGCUUGCUAAAAUGGGUCAUCAGUGCUUUCAAGGCCGAGGAUUCGCACGAGGAGGACAACCUGGGGGACAUCAGCUCGCAGAACAACAUCCUCCAGCUGGGCGAGGCCUACAGGCACCGCAAGGACCCGGAACACCUCCCGCCUGAGAACACGCUCCAGAAGAUCGGAGACAAGGUCCGACUGAUCCCCUCUGCAUUGCGCUCUCCCGAGUCGGCGUAUGGCUUCCGGGUCGCGUGUGCCACGAUGACCGUUGCCGUUGUCGCCCUCCUCCACGAUACACAGAACUUUUUCGUGAAGCAGCGAUUCGUCUGGGCCAUGAUCAUGGUCAAUAUGAGCAUGUCCCCCACGUCCGGCCAAAGCAUCUUCGGCUUCGUUCUCCGGAUUCUCGGCACCGUCAUAUCGUUGGUGCUCAGUAUCCUGGCCUGGUAUAUCCCCGGACAGAAGACCCCAGGGAUCAUCGUCUUCCUGUUCAUCUUCCUGACCUGCGUCUUCUACGUGCCGAUCAAGCUCUUCCGCUUCCGAAUCAUCGGCAUCAUCACGAUCAUCUCGACCUCGAUGAUCGUGGGCUACGAGCUCGAGGUCCGCAAAAUCGGCCAGGACGUCGCCACCUCCAACGGGCAGCAAUACUACCCGAUCUACCUCCUUGGUCCCUACCGACUCGCCACCGUGGCCGGCGGUAUCGCCGUAGCCUUCAUCUGGACCUUCUUCCCGUACCCGAUCUCCGAACACUCGGUGCUUCGCCAAAGCCUGGGCGCCUCGCUAUACCUCCUGGCCAACUACUACUCCGUCAUCCACGAGACCGUGUCUGCGCGGAUGCGAGGCGACGAGGGCGAUCUCGCCCUGAAGACCUCCUCCGGCCGCAGACUCAUGAAGGCGCGAAACAAAGUCUUCUCCAAGCAAAUGCUCAUGCUCAACAACCUGCGCACCUACGCCGGGUUCCUCAACUGGGAGGUCGCCAUCGGCGGACGGUUCCCUAAAAAGCGAUACAAUUCGAUCAUCACAUGUAUCGAGAACAUCGUCAGCUACCUAAGUCUCCUGGGCUACGCCUCCGACACCCUCCUCCAACUCGGCAACGAUGAAGAAUCCGACUCCAUCUGGCUCCACGACUUCCGCAGACUCGUCUCCAGCGCCCGCGUCACCACCCACGAGAUCACCACCGUCCUGUGUCUCCUCUCAGCCAGCAUCACAAACCAGCAGCCCCUGCCGCCCUACCUGAAGACCCCCCGGCCGUACAGCUUCUCCAAGCGGCUCGAGGCCCUGGAUAAGGAUAUUCUCAGUCUGCGACAUAUUGCGGAACCGGGCUUUGCGACGUUCUCCGUGCUGCAGAUCUCGACGAGGUGUAUCGUGGGGGAUGUGGAGAGGUUGAUGAGGUGAGUUUGUCUAGCGAGUUAUUGAUUAUUAUUAUUAUCAUUCAUUCUCUUUCUUCUGAUCGAAAAUGGAUAAUGCAUGGAUUAUGCUAA